AUGGAGCAGCAGCCGCGGCCGCCGGUCAGAUUCUCCGACCGCGUCGUCACCACCACCAAGCUCGUCGCCCCUCGGAGACCCCCCGCCACUGGCUCCGCGCGGCGGAGGGUCGUCAGGCUCGUACUGACCGACGCCGACGCCACCGACUCCUCCGGCGACGAGGGCGGUUCGGGCUUCUUCAGGGUGAGGAGGCACGUCGAGGAGAUCCAAUUCGCCGCGACCGCCGGCCGAGCGGAACGCACGGCGCGGAAGAGGGCGAGGGUGCAGCCAUCCCCCGCCGUCCGACGGUCGGGGUUCAGGGGCGUGCGCCGCCGACCCUGGGGGAGGUGGGCGGCCGAGAUCCGCGACCCGGCCCGCCGGAAGCGGGUCUGGCUCGGCACCUACGACACCCCCGAGGAGGCCGCCGCGGCCUACGACGGCGCCGCCGUCAGAAUCAAGGGACCCGCCGCCGCCACGAACUUCCCGAUCGCCGCUACCUCGGGAUCCUCCACGACGGAGGCGGAGGACGCUGCCGCGUCGCCGGAGUCGGUACUCCGGUGGGAGGAUUUUCCGCCCGUCGAGGGGAUUGAGCUCGGAUUGGCCAACGGGUUCGGGUUCGACGCUGAGUGGCCGCUCAUUGGGCUGUCAACGAGCUGCUGGUACGAUAAGUUUCAGUUCGGCGAGUUCGAAUUUGAUGACUUACUCAAUGACGUGGUGUGA